GUGGAUGCAGUCUGUUACAUUUAAUACAAUGAAUGUAAUAGGAAGCAAGCUCAAUUUGAAUAUCAUCGGACGGCUGUAUCUCAGCAGUAAACAUUAAUGAUUAUCGACAUUAGGUAUUGUAGGACUGAAACCGAGUGUGAGCUUAUCGGCGGCGGGAAGCGGGAGCGUGUCAGCGCGUAUCUGGAGCACGAUCGUGGUGUCCGCGUAGCCCAAGUCUUUUUUUAGUCGCGUUGUUUUACGAGCUUCAGUUUAUGUUCGUGACUCGCCCGGUGCGGAAGUCUGCUUGACUUUUGGAAUGGGCGCUUCUGGAAACAUGACUACGUUCAGAGGGAUAUUUAUUGUAAUACUUCUAUGUUAUGACCUGGUUCAUGGAAAGGAAAAUGUCAAAGUGGUCACAGUUGCAACGGAGGAUAAUCAUGGCUUGCAACGGUUCCUGCGCUCAGCCAGUGUGUAUGGCAUUGAGGUGAAGGUGCUCGGCAAAGGUCAAGAAUGGACAGGUGGUGACAUGAAGUAUGCUGGUGGUGGCCAGAAGAUUAAUUUACUUAAAGACUACAUCAAUCAGAUCAGGAAAGAAGGGGACAAUGAGCAAAUCAUUCUGUUCACAGACAGUUAUGAUGUCAUGUUCCUGGGGACCAUAGAAGAGAUUCUCAAGAAAUUUAAAUCAUUUGAAAAUACCCGAGUGCUGUUUUCUGCUGAGCAGUUCUGUUGGCCAGAUGUCAAGCUUGCAAGCAUGUAUCCCAAAACAGAGGUUCCUAGCCCGUACCUUAAUUCCGGAGGAUUCAUUGGGUACUUACCUGAACUUUCAGAGAUAGUAAAUUACAAACCUAUCAGUGACAAAGAUGAUGAUCAGCUGUAUUAUACAAAAGUAUAUUUGGAUAAGACUACAAGGGAAUCUCUAAAAAUCUCACUUGACCAUGACUCGGCCAUAUUCCAAAAUUUAAAUGGAGCUUUAUCGGAUGUUCAGUUGACUGCCAACUCUACAGAAGAAGAAUGGCCUUACAUUACAAACGUUGCCACGAAGCAGCGGCCGCUGAUUGUUCACGGGAACGGACCUUCCAAGCUCACUCUCAAUCAUUUGGGCAACUACUUGGCCAAAUCCUGGUCGGCGUCUGAGGGUUGUGCCUUGUGUAGUGCCAAGAAGAUACAAUUUAAGGAAGAAGAAUUACCGUCAGUUAUGCUGGCCGUGUUCAUCGAGCAACCUACGCCUUUCCUGGAAGAGUUUCUAAGACAAUUAAUUGACAUCAACUACCCAAAAGAGAAACUGCACUUGCUUCUGCGGAAUAACGUAGAGUACCACGAGGCAGAUGUCGACGAGUGGUUCCAAACCUACAGCAGGAAAUAUGCCACAGCCAAGCGCAUCAAACCCAGUGACUUUAUCACUGAAGCAGAAGCCAGGAACACUGCUAAGGAGCGCUGCCUGGGCAGUUCGUGCGACUACCUCUUCUCAAUCGACAGCGUGGCCCGCUUGGAGCCAGACACCCUGCGGUACUUGGUCUCUUCGGGCUAUGAUGUCAUCGCCCCGAUGCUUAAGCGCUCUGGAGGAGCCUGGUCCAAUUUCUGGGGAACGAUCAAUUCGCAGGGCUUCUACGCGAGGUCUGCAGAUUACAUGGACAUCGUGUUUCACGCUAUAAGGGGGAUAUGGAACGUGCCGUUUAUCACCAACUGCUACCUGAUGAAGAUGGCAACGUUCCGAGCCGGCGCCGCCAAGACCGUCAACUACCACAAGGAGGACGUGGAUCCCGACAUGGCUUUUUGCGCUAACCUUAGAGAUCUCGGUGUGUUCAUGCACGUGAGCAACGAGUUGGAGUUCGGGCACUUGGUCAACCCCGAGAGCUUCGACACGUCUCGCACGCACCCCGACAUUUACCAGGUGAUGGACAACAAGCCAGACUGGGAGGCGCGCUACCUGCACCCAGACUAUGCCGCCAACUUCGAAGAGGGCACUAAACCCGCAAUGCCAUGUCCCGAUGUAUACUGGUUCCCAAUGGUGUCCAUGCGGUUCUGCAAGGAGUGGAUUGCCGUCAUGGAGGCGUUCGGCCAGUGGAGCGAUGGAUCCAAUAAUGACAAACGUCUGGAGAGCGGAUACGAGGCGGUGCCGACGCGGGACAUCCACAUGACGCAAGUGGGCCUGGAUAAGCACUGGCUGCACAUUCUGAAGGAGUACGUGCGUCCCCUGCAGGAGAUGGUCUUCACCGGGUACUAUCACAACCCGCCUGUGUCUUUGAUGAACUUCGUGGUGCGCUACCGGCCCGACGAGCAGCCCUCGCUGCGGCCGCACCACGACUCGUCCACCUACACAAUCAACCUGGCCCUCAACACGCCCAAGCUGGACUACGCGGGCGGCGGCUGUCACUUCCUGCGCUACAACUGCUCGGUGACGGACACGCGGCCCGGCUGGCUGCUGAUGCACCCGGGCCGCCUCACGCACUACCACGAGGGCCUGCGCGUCUCGGCCGGCACGCGCUACAUCAUGAUCUCCUUCGUCGACCCGUGAACU